CAUGUGUUUUGUGUCUCUUAUUUUGAAAAGCGGAAGUGUGUUUGUUGUAACUGCAUGGCGGAACAGCUCUCAUGUCCUCAUUCAAGUCUGCAUUGAAUACUAACCAUAGAAACUAACAGACUUAUUGAACUAGAAACCUUCCUGAGUGGACAGAGACUGUGGAGAAAACACGGGCGUUGUUGCUGUCUGUGUUUGUGUGUGCGCUUGUGUUUGUGUGGCUGUUGAAAGGUGUAGACAUGUGCACACAGACUCGAGCUGCAGCCCUGAUGGCGAACAUCCUGCAGGCUGACAUAGACUCCUCCGGGGUGUUUAAAUAUGUCUUGAUAAGAGUUCACAGCAAAGAGGAGGGAGACGACUCGGAGGUGGAUCUGGUCCGAGGAUACGGCUGGGCUGAGUACCAUGCUGAUAUCUACGAGAAGGUUGCUGAGGAACUGGAAAAGGAUGGAUACCUGGACUGUGAGUGUGUCGGAGGAGGGAGGAUCAAACAUGAUGCCCAGGCAAAGAAGAUCCACGUCUAUGGAUACUCCAUGGGAUUUGGACGAGCAAAUCACGCGAUUACAACAGAGAAGCUGAAGACUCGGUAUCCGGACUAUGAGGUGACCUGGGACAAUGAAGGAUACUGAACUGACUUUGUUGGACACUCUUUCUCCUGGACUGACGUGGCACUUAUCUCUAACAACUCAUGAUAACAUGGAUCAUUAAAUCCACAUGAUAACAUGGAUCAUUAAAUCCACAUGAUAACAUGGAUCAUUAAAUCAACAGACAGUUUGAGAAGAAACUUCUUCAAACUUUUAUUUUGCCUCAUUAUGAAAGGAAGACUCUGACUGACACACGUCCACGACAGGUUGGAAAUCCAGCCUUCUCUGUGGAUGUGUUGAUGAAACCGUUUGAGAAUAUACAGUUUGAAAUGUUACUAACAUCAUUAACACAUACAUACCUGUCUCUGUUAGAUUUGGAGCUUUAGUAUCAUAUUUCAUUCAGGAUUAUAAAAUAAACUGGUUUUGUAGUCACUUA